CGGCGUGCCAUUUGUCUGGAUGGGUUCAGAUUCCCAUCUUCACGAAAUGGUUCAGGCAUUUUUUAAGCGUAACGAAACCAUCUCCGUCUGAACCUCUGCUUCUUAUAUUAGAUGGGCAUUAUAGCCACACACGCAAUAUAGAAGUUAUUGAUCUAGCUCACGAACACAAUGUGACUAUACUUUCUUUGCCACCCCAUUCAACACACAAACUUCAACCGUUGGAUAAGGCUUUUAUGGGACCUUUUAAGAAGUACUAUAAUGACGAAAUAAGACGAUUUAUGCGUGAACAGGGCAGAAAAGUUACACAUUUUGAUAUCGCAGGACUAUUUACUAAGGCUUAUUUGAGGGUUCAAACUGGACAAAUUGCAAUAAAUGGUUUUAAAGCCACGGGGAUUUAUCCGUUUGACAAACAUAUUUUCACAGAUGCAGAUUUUAUAGCUGGGAACUCAUCAUCAUCAGAGGAUCCAGUUGAAACUAUAAAUUCAACGACAGAAGAAACCCCAAGCGCAUCAGCCAUGGAAAUUGAGCCUGAAAUUCGUAAGUUUCGCAAUAAAAUCUAUGGAAAUUUUAGGAACGCUAUUUAAUUUGUUUAUAGAAGCAAGCACAAGCCGAGGACUCGUUACUCCCUGGGAAAUAUCUCCACCACCAAAGCUACGAGAUCCUCCACCUAAUCGGAAAGGCCGGAAAACAAAGGCAACUGUUUUAACAACUUCGCCUUAUAAGUGUA